GUGUGUCUGUCUGUCCGUCCAUCCCUCACCUCCCCCCGCAGUUGCUGCUGGAGCACCUGGAGUGCCUGGUGUCGCGGCACGAGCGGUCGCUCCGCAUGACGGUGGUGAAGCGCCAGGCCCAGUCCCCGGCCGGCGUCUCCAGCGAGGUCGAGGUGCUGAAGGCUCUGAAGUCCCUCUUCGAGCACCACAAGGCGCUGGAUGAAAAGGUCCGGGAGCGGCUGCGGGUGGCCCUGGAGCGGGUCGCGGUGCUGGAGGAGGAGCUGGAAAUGUCCAACCAAGAGGUACAGGCACCUGGGGGGGGCCCCACUCCCAGCCCAGGGCACUGCUGCGGGGAAGCUCACAGGAGUCCCCCG